AUGAAUUCCCUUUUUUUCCAGUCUUUUAUUCUGGCUGCUGACGAACGUGCUAAUAAGGUGAAGACUUUCGGAGGAAACACAAGCGAAGAACAUAAGAAGUGCCAAGCGGUUGCUGCCGCCACAGGUACUCGAAUUGAGUUGAGCGAGUCAAAGGAUGGCGCUUUGACUGUUGUGAUCAAAGGCCUACGUAAUAAGGUAGAAGAUGCGCGAGCCAGACUUGUUCGUGACUUGCAGACACAAGCUAGCCGCGAUUUGGACAUUCCAAAAGAUCAUCAUAGGAAACUUAUAGGCAAAGAAGGAGCUGCUCUGCGGCAACUAGAAGCUGACACAAAUUGUCGUAUCACUAUUCCUAGCAGGGAUACACCGUCGCAGACUAUAAAAAUCGUCGGACCUCGUGAAGGCAUCGAGAAGGCGGUUGCCUAUAUCAAGUCUGUUUCCGACAGAGAGUCAAAAUUGGCGACUGAGCACAUUCUGUGCCCUCGCAUCUUCUACCCGUUCGUUCGUGGACCAUUCAAUGAAACCUAUGAUAGCCUUACACAAGAAACAGGGGCCAAGAUCAACAUCCCACCAAGUCAAGCCAGCAAUGAGGUGAUUGUAAUUACUGGAGAGAAAGAAGGCGUACAUAAAGCGGCCGCAGUUAUCCGCGGCAUUGUCGCAGACAAGCAAGCCACAGUGAAGUCUGUGACGUGCACCGUUGCGCGCGCUCAACACCGUUUUAUCGUAGGGCAGCAGCGAUGUGGCCUUCACACUAUUCUCAAAGAAACUGGAGUCUCUGUCGAGGUCCCCAACGAGGAUGAGAACUCCGACACAAUCACUCUGAGGGGAGACCCCAGUAAGCUCGGUGAGGCCCUAGCGCUUGUUUACCAAAGAGCGAGUUCUGUCAUCACACAACAGCUGCCAGCACCUACUUGGCUUCACAAACAUCUCAUCGGUCCAAAAGGAUCAACUCUUCAGAAUUUGAUCCCUAACCGUGGGAAAGUUCAAAUCGAUUUCGAAGAUACCGGCAACAUCUUCCUUGAGGGAGCUCCUGAAGAAGUCAAGGCUGCGUUCACCAUUCUUUCAACGGAGGUUGCACGUCUUGAAGCUGAGAUGUCUAUCGAAAAAGUGAAGGUGCACCCAAGUUUGCAUAGACAUGUUAUUGGAAGAGGCGGUGCUCUGAUUUCGAAGAUCAAGGACGAAACAGGUGUGCAGAUUUCUAUUCCCAACGAGCAGACUAACUCUGACGAAAUUGUCGUGGAGGGCAAGAAGGAAGGCGUGAAGAAAGCUGUAGAAGAAAUUCGCGCAAUAGUUUCGAAAAUUGAAAACGAGAAAUCGAGGGAUAUUAUUAUUGAACAACGACUACACAAGUUAAUUAUCGGAACGAAAGGCGAGAAUAUCGGGAAGAUCCGAGAAGCUCAUCCCAACGUUGUUCUUUCGUUCCCUGAUGUCAACAAGAAGUCCGAUGUUAUCAAUAUUCGCGGAGAUAAGACCGAAGUUGAUAAAGUUUACAAGCAACUGCAGUCGAUCGCAAAAGAAUUGAUCGAAAGCAACUAUCAACAAACGGUACCUAUAUUCAAGGAGUUCCAUAAGCAUAUCAUAGGCAAAGGAGGAGCUACUAUCAGAAAAAUCCGCGAAGAAACCCAAACUCGGAUUGAUCUGCCUGAGGGUGAUUCUGGUGAGGAGCGCAUUACUGUCACCGGAAAGAAAGCAAAUGUGGAAAAGGCUAUUGAUCAGUUAAAUAAAAUCCAAAACGAGCUCGCAAACAUUGAAACGGUCGAAGUGGAUAUUCCAGUCAAAGUGCAGGCUCGCCUUCUUGGUAAUGGCCGUCGCCUCAUUUCCGAUAUCGAAGAAGAAUGUGGAGGCGUUCACAUCAGAUUCCCUGCGGAAAAGAGCGAGAGCACUAAAGUAACGAUUCGAGGUCCAAAGGAUGAUGUAGAAAAAGCUCAGAAACUUCUCAAGAAUUUGGCAAAAGACAAAGAAGUCAACUUGCACGAAGACACAGUUAUUGCCAAGCCGGAGUUCCAUCGCUUUUUGAUUGGAAAAGGCGGCUCGAAGAUCAAUAAAAUGCGUGAACACUUUGAUGUACGGGUCAUGUUCCCAAGGGAGACUGAUGCUGAUAAGGAGACUAUUCACUUGCUAGGUAAAAAGGAAGAUGUACUGAAGGUGAAGAAGGAGUUGGAAGAGAAUAUCAGGCAGCUCAAUGAGACAGUCGAGGCCACGAUCGAUGUUGACACUAAGCACCACAGACACUUUGUCAUGCGAGGAGCUGCUGUUCUACGAGAAAUUCAAGAACAAAAUGGUGGCGUAGUGAUAUCAUUCCCUAAGGUGUGUCCUUAUUUUUUU